GACAAACUAUAGGUAUAUAGUAAAUUUGUUACCAUUCAUACUAUAAUAUCACAGUGAUUGGUGUGUACAAUUUAUAUAAUCAUUCUCAUUAUCAUUCUCGCUUUUCAGUGUUUUCACUUUUUCAAUUGGAUAUAAUAUGUGUCUUGGCGUUAUUGGAGACACGGUUUAAAUUUUCCAUCGAUUGUCGACUCUAACGUUACAGUUUUUUUCUUUUCGCACUUAGGACAUUCAUAAAAAAAUAUAAUAUUACAAUAUUUCUGCCAGUUCCGUAGGAGAUGUUCAUGAAUAAUAUGAAACGGUUAGGUUUUUUCGCGUACGAAUCACUCGCACGAACGGUCAUACAUAGGCGAACAAACGAUAUUGUUAAAUGGCGACGACCAUAUUGUGAUUCACCUGAAGUAAGAACGUUUAUUGUGUAGAUUUAGAGAAUAGUUUUUUAAUACUAUUAUAUAUGUUUUAAUAGAUUCGAUUUCCGGUUAUAUUGAGUUGGGCUAUUCCUUUUUUUUGGUACAAUUCGACUGACCAAACGAAAAUUGAUAAAGAUGAACUGGCUGCUGACGACAUUAAAUAUGAUCUUACACAAAAAAUAAUUGAAGCCGAUCAGCUUUUUUUAGCCAACAAGUAUGAGGAUGUUGUCCACCUACUCGAAGAAUUCAAAGUAAUUCAAAUACAUUUAGAUUUUACAAUCAUUGGUUUCUGAGUGUAUUAAUCAUCACCAAUAUUAAAUUAUCGUAAUAAAACAUUUUGUUUUUCAUCAAUAGUGAUAAUAUACUAUUGUAAUUGAGUACAAAUUUGAAUACAUACAAAAUAAUGAAGUGCAAAAUUAUUAUUAGCAUAUGGCUCUGGAAAAACAACGUUUUUAAAAAUAAUAUAGGUUUACUAGGACUAUUACCAAUAAAAAUAAUGUAAUGAAACUAAUACUAAGACUAAAAGAUUGUAACAAAACUAAGUUUGGUAACAAUCGGUAACUUGUGAUUCUUUGUCUGUUUGGUACAGGCUAGGUUAUAGACACAUACCUAAGUUUUCCAUCCUUUCGAUGGCAUCUGUGCUGGCUGUGUAGAUUUUCUCCAUACCUCCUGUGAAUUCCGUUAGUGGGCCAUUUUUUUACUAUGGGCCUGACAGUUUACUCUUGUUCGCAGUCACAUAAAUUGCAUAAUAAUGUACACCUUUUCACUUAACACUGAUAUAUCAGUAAUUUGUGAACAUUUUAUUGUCAAAUUAUUUUUAGUGGAAAGGUUUGUACUAUAUUCCUGAAUACCUAACCUAUCAAGUUAAACGUAUUGCAAAGUCAAUUGUCUCUUAAAGUUAGAUUUUAGGUAAUGUAUGUAAUAAGUGUAUUGCCUUUAUCUAUAACGUUUUGAGUAUCUAUAUUGGGGUGACAGAUUUCAACAUUACUUUCAAAAUUGAAACAAUCUGUAUAGCUCUAAAAAAGUAAAAUUCCCAUCAAGUAAAAUAUUUCAAAUUGUAAUGAUAUUAAAUCUAAUUAAAAUCUGUAAUCUAUUUCAUAUUUUUAAUCUAGUAUUAUGAUAUUAAUUAUUUAUAUUUAUAUUAAUUAUGUAUUUUAGGAUAACGAUGAUGUACAAGUACUUUGGCGUUUGAGCAAAGCUCAAUACAACAUGAGUUUAGAUGAAAACAUUAGUAAAGAAAAAAGAAAGUAUUUAAUAUCAUCGGCUCACGAAUUCAUUAUUAAAGCAUUAACAAUUGAUUCAAACGUAUCUGAUAUUCAUAAAUGGGCUGCUAUUUUAAUUGAUGCACACAGUAAUAUUAAUUAUGGAAUUAAGGAGCAAAUAAACAAAUUAGAUACUAUAAAACUUCAUUUGCAAGUAUGUACAAACAUACAGUCAUUAAAUACAGUAGUUAAUUAAUUCAUUUUUUUUAGAAAGCACUGGAACUCAAUCCCAAGGAUCCAUAUACACGGUAUAUGAUUGGUUAUUGGUAAGACCUAAUUGAAUACUUUUAUCGUAUAUUUUAGUUAUACAUAAGUAAUUUUAUUUUUGUUUAAGAAAAAUUUAUCUAUGAAAUCUCUAUCUCAAAAAUUGUACCUCAAGUAUAUUAUUUUAAAGAUUUUAAUUGAUAAUGUCCUAACUAUAAAUGUCAUUUAGAUGUUUACAUAUAAAUAUAUAAUUAUAAUAUUGCAUAUGUAUAAAUAAUAAUAAUAUUUAUUUAGCAGUAUUAAAAAGUAAACAUAUAUGUUAGGAGGACACCACACUGACAUCUAUUGUUUCCGUUUUACAAAUGCGAGACAUAUCAAAUUUGCGUUCAGUAGGACACAUUUUGUGUGUUGUUAGUUUUAAAAUUAAAGCAAAUUGACCUAUUACCAAAAUUAAAGGUAAGAAGAUUAUAUAAUAUGAUCUAGCAGUUUGAUGAAAUACCACAGGUAUUUUCAAUAUUUUAAUUUUUAAGAAAGAUAUAAUAAUUUUUUUUUACUCAUGUCUCGUUUAAAAAUAAAAAUAUUGAAAAUCAUCAACGCUAGGGCAUAUAUAAUCUUCUUACCUUUAAUUUUGGCAACAGGUUAAUUUGCUUUAAUAUUAAAACUAGUGGCGUAAAAUUUGUCCUAACGAAUGCACAUUUGCUAUGUCUCGCGUUUGUAAGACAGGGAUAGUAGAUGUUGAUUUGGCGUCCUCUUAAGUAUAGUCAUAUUGUACUGCAUUAUCUAUUAAUAAGUAAAAUUAUUUUCAAAAUAAGUUCGCUGUUUAGUUACCAAUUCUAAACUAAUAAUGUAUAGGUUACAGUGUUGACAAAUUUGUAUAUGUGAGCUUUUUGUCUGAAAACAAUUAUCAGGUAGCUGUUAUAAUAUUUUGGGAAAUAUUGAAUUAUCCGAACCUAUGUUAUAGUUGUAGAUAAUUAGUUGUGUUAAAUUUGUUAGUCAUAAGUAAAAUGUUUUUUUUUUCUAGUAUGAUGUUUUACUGUUAAUAUUUUUGGUUCUGUGUAUGCAUUGUAAGGAAGAAGCCCAGGUUUACAAUGAAUCAUUUUUAGAGUGAUGCUAUCUGUAUGCUGUUUGUAUAGGUUUGUUCAGUUCAUCCCCAUACUACUACUAUAUUCAAUUAUAGAUAGAGUCAAAAUAAAAGUAUUUUUUUAAUCAGUGCACAUUUAAAGAGUGUUUUGCCAUAUUAUAAAACUAGUAAAUUUACAUAAUUUCAAAUUUAAGUUUUUUUCUGAUAUUUUGUAUGGCAUUUAUACUUUAUUCAUCAUAAUUAUUAGGGUAUAUAAUGAAAGGGAAUAAAAAAUAUUUUAUAAAUUGAUAGAAUUUGAUGAGAUAAGAUAACAAUAUAUUAACUAGUAUAGGUGGGGGGGUUCUGUUAGUCUUCUUUAAAUUUUUGAAGGUUUUGGGAACUUGAAAUAUUGUUCCAUCAUAAAUGUUAGUAGAAUUUAAUGUGUAUAUAUUUUAUCUUGUUGUUUGUUUAUGACUGCACAUUGGUACUGUAAAAUGGAUUUACAUGCUGGGUUGUGUACUUUUAAAAUAGAAAUAUUGAAAAGAUUAAAAAUAUUUUUAUUAUUAUUCAAAUUGCUGUUUGAAAACUAUUUGAUAAUUAUUUUCCAAGAGUUUUCUAAUAUUUUAGAAUUAUUAGCCAGAUCCUCAUUAUUUAAUAGGUAUAUGUUUAUUUCACCACAUAAAAUUAUAUUUUCAUUCUGACUUUCAAGUGUUAAAUUGCAUAAUAGGUCUUGCAGUUGUUCUAGAACAUUAUCAUUUGCGGGUUUGUAGAUUCACUCAACACAAUAGAAUCACCUAUUAAAAUGUUUAUAAUUAUUAUAGAUAUAGAAUACAUAUUAUAUUAUAUAGUAUUCUAUACCCAUGAUAGUUACCUAUUUCUGUUAAUAACAUUGCAAAUCUGUUGUCUGUUUUUUCAUGCUAUACAUAUUAAUGCAAAUUAAAUUAAAACUUCUAUUGUGUUUACUUAAUUUGUUAUUUAAUUCUAACUUAUACUUUAUGCAGAAAUUGCUCGGUUAGAAAAUUAUUAAAUGCAAUAUUAUUAAGUGCCAUUUUAAUAAUAAUUUCAUGUUGUAUUCGGUUUAGUUUUGAUUAAAUCAAUUAGUAGAAAACUACCUAGUAAAACCUCGCAAGUCAUUAUUAUUAUUUUUUUAAAGUUAAUAUUUUAAGUUAAGUGUACCAUAGGUUUUGCUGGUGUAGCUGACGAUUUAUAUAUGUAUAAAUUUAAAAAUGGCAUUUGCAGGUGUUAUAAUCUUGCUGACAUCUCUUGGUUUCGACGAGAAAUUGGAUCAAUUAUAUUUGCUACUGACAUUCCUUCAUCUACAUUCGAAGAAGCAUUAGAAUAUUUCCGAGAAGCUGAGUCAAUACAACCAAAAUUUUACUGGUUUGAUUUUGAUUUGUGUUAUAUCAUAGUUUUAAAUAUUAAAUCAGUUCGGUUAUUAUGUUCAUCAUGAACACACACACGUUGCGUUGUAUGUCUUCGCUCCAUUAUCUUUGUGCAUACUCAUUAAAUUGUAUAAUUAUCAUUCAUUACCAAUAUUAAAUAUUUCCCAUAUUAAUAACGGAAUGUGAACAACAAAAGCGUUCAAAAAGCAGACCCAGUCUAUCAUCAAUGCUGUACACCAAAAUUAAAGUUAAAUUAUCUUACAGGACUAAACAUGGUCCUCCCCAAUGUUGAAACUAUCAGACCUAUGGACACACCACUAAUUAUUGCCAUCAUCCUUUACGCUGUGUUAAAUGUGGGGAGAUUACUUCUCAGACAUUUGCACCAAGGACAAAAACAGUCCACCCAAGUGCACUCUUUGCGCGGGUGAUCAUACUUCCUGCUACAAAAGAUCCCAUUAUUCAAUAACGUUAUUAACGAUAGUCCUUAUUCAAAAUUUAUUUCAGUACUUUCUGUAUUAAUAAAUCCCUCAAUUUCCCUCCUUGUAUCCGCACUGCACAAACAACAAAUUUUAUAGUCCAAUUAUCUCUACUCUGUUAAUUUAAUCAUCAUUAUGUUUCCAUUUAUUUUUUAUGAAACUAGUUAUUCAUUAUGAUUAUUUUGUAUUAAAACUUAAAAUAUUAAAUAUUUAAGCAUAUUUAAUUUUGUGUUAAUGACUUAUUUAUUUCUAUUUUUACGUUGUUUUAUCUUUCUAUUAUUUUAAGUACUUUAAUGCUAUAAUAAUUAUUUGCUAGAAGUUAUAAAAAAAAAUUUUUAAUUUAUCAAAUUUAUUUUCCAGUAAAAAUCUUCUGAUGUUGGGCAAGACUUUUUUGAAAAUGGAUAACAAAUUUAGUGCUGAAUAUUAUUUGAAAUUGGUUACACAAUAUCCAGCUAAAACAGUCGAGGAUCAUCAGGUAAAUAUAUUUUGGUUUCUGUUAAUUUGUGUUCACUGCUCAGAUGUUGCCAAUUUAAAUUUUAUACCUUUUUUUCUAUUUAAGUAUUUUAAGAAAACUGGUAAAUGACAAAAGAAUACACACAUAUAUAUAUAUAUAUAUAUAUAAUAUAUAAACUAUAUUUAGUUUGGGAAAAUAUCACUAUAAAACAUUAUAGCGAUGUUAAUAACAGACAAUACAUAAUAAUGUAGCUGUUAUUAUUAUUUUACUUUUCUAUUACUUGAGUUGGGAAAAUAAUUUAUGUAAUUAACUUGUUUAAUACAUAUAAAUUGUUAUUUCAUUUUUCUUAAAAAUACUAAAUAAUAAUUUUAUGUUUAUUGUAUUAUUUAAUUAUUUAUGUAUAGUACUUGCCAAAUCAACUUUCAUUAUACUGUACUGCUAUGUACAAAUUAAUUUUGGAAAAUUUUUUUUACAUAUUUUUGAUCUUUGAACUAUUUUUUUUAGAACAUUUUCUAUCUAGGUUUUUAUGAUGUAUAAUUUAAAAAUUUUUUUUAAAUAUUAUUGAGGAAGUAAUAUUUUUAUAGAAGUUUCCCAUAAAAAUCAAAAGUAUAUUUUUGAGUUUAUCAGUUUAAAAUUUGUAAUUUAUGAUAAAAAUCUAUGUUUCAGGCCAAAUUAGAAGCGGAAAAAAUUCUGAAAUCAUUUGGGUAAGUUCAUUUGAUGCCCCUUCCCUUCACAGUAUUUGAUUAUAGUAUUAAUUACAAUACCUGAAUUACAGAAUUAUUAAUAUUUCAUAACUGAACAACUAUUUAAGUAGUUUCACAUUGGUUGUUACAUUGCUUAUUGCUAUAAAAAUAUACUGUAGAAAGUACUUUACUUAACAUUCUGUUUAAUUUUUGAAAUUAAGUUUGCACUGAAUUAAUAUUCGUUAUUAUUGAGAUCUUGUUUUGAAUGAUUUUAUCAUUUUCCUAUUAAUUUCAAUUCACUAAUUUAUUUUAGGUUAGGUUAGGUUAAGGACAUUUGAUCUUCAUUUCUAAAUGGUUGCUAGUAGGAAGUUGAAGACUGCUUUGGAGAGUAGGCCUAGUAUAUCCUCAAUAUUCAUUAAAUUUAUAAAGGUUUUCUAUUCAAUUUAUAUUGAGUUAUCCUAAUUUUAUUGAAGGUAGUAAAUAGAUGAUGUGCGAUUUGAAAAAUUAAUGAAAGUAAAUACAUAUAUCUUUUACAUUGUGUAAUCAUUUUACUGCUUCAAAAUUCUUUUGUGUUAAAUAUUAAGAUGAAUUUUAUUCAAGUAAAUCAUAUUUUAUUUAUAAAAACAACUACUUUACAUAAUUAUGUUAUUUAGGAAUAAUUGAAUAGUUUAUAAAAACUGUAAUACUAUAAGGAUGCUUAAGAUUUGAAAAAAUACUAUAUUUUUUCAAGUAAAGAGGCAAAAUCAGUAGUGUUGAGUAUAGUUUUGAAAUGGUGUUUAAUCAUCAUAAUAGUCAUUACCACCAUCUAUAUAUUUUUUUAGUAAACAGUGGAGUGCAUAGUUAUCUUACGAGUAAUAAAAUAUUAAACGUGCUUAUUAGUUCAAAAUAAUGUACGUAAUACAUUUCUGAAAAUAUUUAUAUCCAUGUGUCAGCAGAAUGUUUAAUUACAAUUUUAUAUUAAUUUAACUUUUUUAUUAAUUCGUCAAAAGUUGUGUCUAGAUAAUAUGAUUAUUUUGACCUAUUUUUAAAAAUUUUUAAAUGUUGCAUUUAAUAUUUAUAAAUUGCGCAUUUUUUAUAAUCCUUGUAAUUUCAUACAAUAGUUUACACUGCACAUAUACUGUCAAUUUUUUUUAUUGUAAUUAUAAUUUAUUUCCAUGAAUGAUUAUUAAACACUUACCUACAAUAUGUAUAGAUUUAUUUUAAAAAUGGCCUAUUCACACAAAAUUUUAAACUGUAUAUCUUUUAUUUUCGUUGACUACUUUUAAGUUACUGUUUUGUUUUUUAAUAUUAUUUAUUAUACUGCUAGAAUUUGUUAGAAUCUCUUAGUUCCUUAUAAGCGCUGUGUUUUUAUUUUUACUUUAAUUUUAGGUUUUAACUAGACAUAAUUAAAUUUGUACUUUUUACUUUUGUGAUAAAAUUAAACUAUUGAACUAUUUA